CAUCCAAACCCGCAUACUAACUUACUAAAUAGUGAGUGAGAACUGAAGGUGGCGUGCUAUUUUGACAUACUACGCAGUAUGGUAGUGUAUGGUUUGGGACGCAGUCCAACAUUCUCUUCUCAGUCUAAGAUAUGAGGGAAUUGAGAGUGCUGCAGGGGAAGAACCGAGGCGACAGAAAGUAAGUUCUGUAAGUUUAGUGCAUGGGAAUGUUGCCUCUGAGUGGGAAAAUGUAGACAAAGUGCUCUUUGGACCAACAGGAAACUUUCAUUUAAAGUGGAGUUUCUCAGCUGACUCGUAAUCACCUCGAAUCGUAUACGAUGGAAUGUAAAAGUUUACAGCAUGGACAUUUUGACAGAAAGCCUGCCAUGUCCGUGGAUGUGGAUGCUAAAAGGACAAAUGAGACCGAGUAGCCCCUGGUUUACUCGGGCAAUGAAUUUCGGCUGAAAACCAAGUGGACUUACUUAUGCUGUACCGACAUGGAUGUGUGCUGGCUGUUGAACACUAAAAGGAAAACUGUGCCUGAUAACCAAAUGUUUGGUGAAACUAAAAGGGGGAUCAGGAAUAGUGAUGAGGAAUCGCUGAGGAAUCUGGGUAUUUUUUGAGGUGAUCACUGCGGACUCACGACUGAAUCGAAGAUUGGAGCCAAAAAAAAUGUGUCAUGUUUUUUGUUGUUGUUUUUAAUCACACAAGUUUUAUUUGAUUGUUGAACACCGAUUGCCGAGAUACAUAAAGCAGUAAAGCAUUGUAUAUAGCUAGAAAUCAACUGGCUGUGCCUGUAGCCAGACUGCUAUUACUUAAAAAUACAGAUAUUAUCAGACCUAAAAUAAAAGACUGUUAAACUGACUAAUACAGGCAUUUGAAUGUAUGUUGGGUCGAAACUGUAGACAGAAUUUCGGAAUGUGCUGCAAACAUCGAUUCAUGUAAAGUGGUUUAUCCUAAAAAGUCGGAUCAGUAACGUGAGUCAGAAUGCCCAUGCAUACAUGUGGACAAAUAUCCAUCUUCCCGGUAUGGAUUUGGACCGCUGGUUUAACGCUGGUGUUUUUUGACGUCUUGACCGUUGCGUCCCCUGCUCACGGUCACCGUCUGAUCUGCUGGCAGGCCAUUAUGAAAUGCCAAUCAGAACCAGAGUGCCAUUACGCGUACACGCAGUACACGCGCGCCUGCGGACCUGUGAUUAACGGACACAAGAAGAAGUGCCCAAGCCACUGCAUCUCAUCCAUCGUCCAGCUCAAUCUGACCCACAACGGCCCAGGCCUUGAGCACUGCGAGUGCGCCACAGACACGAUGUGCGUUAACGCUAAACGCGCCAUUGAGCCAUGCAUGCCGAGGAUCAGCCGCACGGGCUGCACAGAAGCGCGUCGCACGUGCGAGAGUGACGCGGACUGCAGCGCUGCUAUGCGUGACUACAUGUUCCACUGCCGCGGGCUGUUCGGCGGUGAACGCUGCUCGGAUGAAUGUCGGCGAGUUAUCGAGCGCAUGCGCUCCGUGCCCAAGGCACGCCUAUUGGACACGUGCGAGUGCGACGGCGCCGAGCGGACCAUCUGCGAGCACGUCAAGAUCAGCAUGAUCAGCUUGUGCUCCGACGCGCCUGGGCACCGGGACACGGGGAGCGGGUUUUCGGACGAUGAGGACGAGCUUGAAAGUGACUAUGACAGGGACGAUUAUGAGGAAGAGGACAGCGCGGGUGUAGUGUCCAGGGCGCACACAGGUUUGAUAAUGUCCUCCACCAUUUUAGUUUUUACACUUCUUCACUGAAUGUCAAACUACAAGGACACAGAGUGGGACAGAUUUGCAGUAUUUAUUGCAGGGAUGCACCAAUCUCACUCGUCCAUUCCUGUUAUAAUAUCAAACCUCGGAAUAUUAUCUCAUCCAAUACCUGAUUCUGACUUCUGGACGUUACUUGAAGCAACACUCCACAAGUUUCUACUACAGACUUGAGCAAAAUGUUCCAUGAAUGAUGUGUUCUGUAUUCUGUAUGUUGGACAGCAUCACACACAUUUACUGAAGAAAAAGACAGUGAUUUUUAAAUAUAUAUCUGACACGAUAGCAGUCCAGCACUUGAGGUUAGUAUCAGCCUAGAUACUAAUACUCAUAUUCAUAUCCAUGUAUCUAUGACCUUGGAUCAGUUUUUGGAACUGGAUGCAUGACCUUUCUUAAGUGCACAUCUUUAUUUGAACUGUAAAUUACUUGUACUCUGGGGCUGCACAGUAUAUUAUUUGUGGAUCGUGAUUGCAGUAUUGUCUGCUGUGAUUAUCCCAAACCGUGGGAAAUACACCAGGAAAAAGUGGUUAAAUUCAUAAAGUAUCUGUUUAACAAUCAUUCUUAGUUUAUGUUUAACACCUACAUCAGUUGUUAAUUGAUCGUUCAUUGAUUAAGAAUGCCAUUAUGCAAUUUCUACAGUUUUUCAGACAUUUCACAUCCAGUUCAUUCUGCUAUCUUUUAUAUUAAAAAUGUCUAUAAAACUCCAUGUACAUAUGCAUCCGUAAUAACAGUGAACAGGUAUAUAUAAGUAACUUGCAAAUUAAUCUGCUUAUUAGACUUUCAUGGUCACAUGGCUAAGUAUGCACAGAAUACAAAAACUUUCCUAGCGAUUAUUAGUAAUACAAUGCUGUACAAUGAUGGUACUCGUUUUUGUCUGGGGUUUUAAGUAAUCACAGCAUUCAUGUGAUUUGACAAACAUCAUAGGCAGAUAAAUUAUUACUUAGUAGUUAAAAGUGCAGCCCAGUUUACAGCAUUCUCAAAAACAAGUGAUAGACAAAUAAAAUUUUAAUAAUCACGAAACACCUGAAUUUCACUGAGCACUGUGCCUUUUUAUCGGUGAGGGCUGUGCAUUACCAAAUUAUUCUCAAAUACUGAUAAAAGUAAUUCCAUGUAAGAUGACAUGGAAAUGGGAGUAUUUUUGUAUACCAGAGAGAUCUAUACACAGGAAUAACUUGUGUGCAUUUUUAUGAUGUGCUAAUAUCACAAUAUACAGAUAUUUUUGAAGAAUUAAAUUUGAAAAUGAGUUUUGUGUUUCACAUAUUGGUGUAAAGUGUUUUGAUUGCUAAAAUGAACGAGAACUGUACUCGAGAACUGUAAAUGAACAAAAAUGUCUUUGAUCACUGUGCAAAAAGAAAAGCUACACAGCUAUGUACAUAAGUAACUUAAUCACAGACAGUUCGAUGUAACUAAAGUCAGGUGAGCUACAGUAUGUAAGUGUCACUGAUAAACAACUCAGGAUUCCUUGGCACUGAUGAUUUCAUGAGUGAAAAAGUGAGCACACCACUGGACUGAUAUAAUAUAUAUAAUAAGCCAUUAAAAAGGUGAAUGUGAACAUGAAUGUCUAUAGGAGUAAACAUUGUGUUCUAAGUAUGUUUAUGUAGUAAGUGAGUAACCCACCAAUUAUAUUUUGAGUAUACUCUCUUCUUGGUUUCUGCGAGAAUCAAAAGUGCAUGCCUUAGCUUAGCAGAUAGCAGAGUAGCACACGCUUAGGUUGAAAAAUCAAGCAUGCUGGGAUUGCAAGCAUCCAUAUGGUUGAGGUGGGCUCUGAGUGUCUGAGCUAGACUGAGCUUGAACUAGUUUCUUGUUUGCAAUGAUGUUUUAUUAAAAGUGUGGAAUUUGUAGUUUAAAAGUCUAAAUGUGAGCAUCUUCAUUUGGAACCAGGACCAACCCUUCUACACCAAGCAUUUAGCAAGAAACAGCAAGCUCCUUUCCCAGCAAUCAAACAUUCACAUUCAUUUAGAUAAAAAAAAUUGAGUUCAACUUUCUUAGUCUAACAAAUCCAAGACUGGCUGCCAUGUCUAUGAACGUCUGUGGUACAGAGAGGUUCUCAUUGUAAUUUAAUCAAACACUGCAGCCUGUGAAUGAG